AUGCCGAGCAAGUUGAAGCUGCUCAAGCCGCAGCUCAAGCCUCCAAGGACCCGUCGCUUCUCUCAAAAAACCUUCGAACUCUAUCCAAACUACCAUUUCGUUGGGCACAUUUUGGGACCACGUGGCACCACUGCGAAGCAAUUGGAAACCGCCACCGGCUGCAAAAUCAUUAUUCAUGGGCGAAAAGCGUCGGGAACCGGAAGUUCCGUCGCCACCGCGAAUGAGCCAUUGAGCGUUGAGUUGACAUGUUCGGCGAGUUUGCCGGAUGCGGCCCAGAAGUUGGAGAUGGGUGUCAGUGUGAUUGAGGGGUUGUUAGUGCCACCGGUGAGUAUUUGAAGCUGAAAUUGUUUUCAAAACGUGCUUUUCGUGUAUUAUCGAAAAUCUCCACGCGCUCCACCGAAAUAAACACGCAACGCUCAUUUUUUUUACGGCCGCCACAUUUUUCAAUUUCGAUAAUAGUGAUUCACGAACGUUUUUUAACGUUAAAAAACAAAAAAAGUGAUUCACAAACGGUAUUUUAUUCAUUUUUUCAAUUAUUUUUCUCAACACAUUGAAUAAAGUGAAGCAAAACGCAUUUUAGUGUCCAGAAAUGCUAUUUCAAGAUCUUUUCUAAUCAGCCUGAAAACAAAUCAGCCUUGAUUUCGAAAAUUGAUUUGUCAUUUAGGCUGAUUAGAAGGUCUUAAAAUAUCAUUUCUGGACACUAAAAUGUGUUUUAGCUUCACUUUAUUCAAUGUGUUAAGAAAAUGGUGAAAAAAUGAAUAAAAAUACCGUUCGUGAAUCAUUUUUUGGGUUUUUCAACGUUAAAAAAUGUUUUUUUUUCAGUUUUUGAAGCGUUCUAGCUCCAAAAUCAUCAAUUUUUCUAGGCUGAUGGUCAAGACGAGUUGAAACGCCAACAAUUGAUGAUUCUUGCCAAUAUGAAUGGAACUUAUCGAUCAGCUGCAGCAAUUGCAGCAGCCGCUGCGAAUUCGACAGCUUCAGGAGGAGUUGGAGAUUAUCAAUUUGAAAGUGAGCAAGCAAAACUAGAAAAUCCCCCAACAAAUUAUAUUUUUUUUGCAGAUCUUCUGCCAUUUGGCUAUCGUCUUCCAACCGUCGGUCCGAAUUGUCAUCACGAGAAGAUGGUCAAAUCGUUGUUGUCGAUGGGAUUGCCGAAUUCGAAGCCGCCGAUUGUCGAAAAUACGGAUUGUUCGAAUCCGAGAUGCGCGGUGGAUAUGGAUCGAAUUGUGAUUGAGGGGUCGUUGGUGCCACCGGUGAGAUUUUGAAAUCAGUAAUUGAAAUAUGGUGGAGAAAUCAACAUUUUGAAGCUGAAAUUGCACGAGAUUUCAGCACUAGCCAUCUAGGAAGCUUCAAAAACUGAAAAUCAUUGUGCAGUGAUUCACGAAAUAAAAAAUCGUUUUUUUAAUAAUCUGAAAGUUAUCAAAUUUCUUGUCAAAAAUUUGAAUUUCGCAGCCAUUUCCCCCUAAUUUUCACCCAAAAAAUUAUGCGCCAAAACUGUUUUUUCAACGACUCAAUUUUAUUAAUUUUAUCAAAAUUUCAUUGAAACGGCUAAUUUGAUUUCACAGGAUUUUUUCUGGAAAUUGCGAAUUUUUUGGUUCAAAGCUUGAGAAAUUCGAGUUUUCAUUGAGAGUUUGCAAAUUUUCGAAGAAUUCGGCUGAAAUUUCAAAAUCUAUUCCGAAUUUGAUAAUUUUCAGUGUCAGAAGCUGAAAUUCACAUUUUCUGGUGGAAAACCUUCAGAACUCCAAAAAUCAUCAAUUUUUCGAAUUUCACCUCUAAAUCUGGGAAAAUUUGUGAUUUUUGGAGUUCUGGAGGUUAAAAGGAAUAGAAUGUUCUAGAAUUCCACUAGAAAAUGUGAAUUUUAGAUUCUGAAACUGAAAAUUGACAAAUUUUGAAAUUCCCGCCAAUUUCUUUGAAAAUUCGCAAACUUUUAAUGAAAAACACACCUCGGCCAAAAUCGUCAAAAUCGACAAUGUUCCCCAUAUCAAAAAAACUUGGUUUCUAUAAAAAUAUUUUUUGGUCGGAAUGUGCCUUUGAAAGUCAUUUUUAGGUCAAAAGGGUUUCACCACGGUGUUCCUCGUGUCGAAAAACCACUAAUCUUCAAAUUUCAAAAAAAAAUGAUUUUUCGUGUUUACUGCUUUUAAAAAACGAGUUUUGAGUCGAAUGGUCAGCCCCACAUAACUCCCCGUACCGAAAAACAUCGAAACACAAUUUUUCUAAAAAAUUUUUUUUGAGUGAUGGGGUCCUUUGAAAAAGAUUUUCAGAUAAAAUAAUUAUCACCACAUGAUUUCCCAUACUCGAAAACCCAAAAAUCCCGAUUUUCAGCCUAUGAAACCGAUUCCUCCACAAUACGCAAAAAAUAGGCUGCUGUAUACAUUAUUGACUAAGUGAGUUUUAAUUUUCUUUUUUGGGAAUAAAUUACAACCUCUUUCUGUAGGUACUGUAUUUUAUGCACUUUUCGGAAUUUGCAUGCUUCAUUAUCUUCUUUUUCAUUUAGAUCACUUUUAGUUUGGGUAAUUUUUGGGAGAGAAUUUUGAAACUUCGAGAAAAUUCAUUUUUCUAGUAAAAAAUGAAGCAGAUCUGUCGUUUUCGGGCAGCCGGGCCGGGCUGGUCCUUCUAAAUUCAAAAAAUGAGGACUAUUUCGGCCCUCCGGCCCUUUUUUUUUACUACAGGCCCUUUUUCGGCCCUUCAUAAAUUUUUGAUGACAAUUCGGAAUUUUUACAAAUGGAUGAUUUUGCUCAAAUUUUUGCAUUUGGGCAAAUUUCGUAAAUCAGAACAACUUAUAUUGGUGUUAUUGCACCAACAUUUCUUCGAAGAACUGUUUUGGUGCAGGAUCGUAAUGGUGAAACACCAUAAUUUGAGAAAAUUUUAGAACUGUAUCAAAUCCAGCAUUAGAUACACAAAAUUCGACAAUUUUCUUACGCCAAAAUGCAAAAAUUCGAAAGAGACACCAUAAAAAUAGUGAAUUUACACAAUAAAAUGUGUAGGAAAAGCCGGGCUGAACCAGCCCAUCUCUCACUAUUCGGGCUGGCUAGGCCGGCCCUUCAAAUGCUGGCCCGAGGGCCGCAAAUAGCCGUAAAACGACAGGUCUGCAAUGAAGUUUUUCUGGUCCCAAAAUCUAUGUUCCUUUAAAGGGGUUGUCUUUCUACCAGGCAAGAUUAGCUAAAUAGCUUGGGCUAACGUGCUUCUUGAACAUUCCGUGUUCAGAAAAAUUUAUUGGUGCGCGCUUUUUGCGAAAAACACAAGCCGCUAAAACGUCAAAACUAGGAAAGAAAGCAAAAACCAGACUUUUGAAGAAAUUAUUUUUCUACCAAAAAAUGUCUCCUCAAAAAUCCAAUAUUUCCAGGACUGAUGUGACGGCAGAGAACGAAUACAAAUUCAUUUUGGAUACAUUUGUUUCUUUUAUAAUUGAGUGCAUCAAAAGCGAGGGAGUCAACAAGAAGAAAUUGAUACAAUCAUUAAAACUUUGUUUGGAAACACAAGAAAUAAGCAAGCAUUUGUCUCCAAAUUUGCGAGAAGGUUAGGAAAUUUGAGAUAGGGGGUUUAAAAAUAGAAAUCUGCUUUUGGAUUUCUAGGCCAGAAAAAUGCGAUUUUUUCGAGUGUAAAUAUGUCUAGGUGGUCUAGAAAUCCGGAUUUGGGUUUCUAGGCCCUGAAAAUUACGAUUUUUUUGAGUCUAAAUUCGCCUAGGUGGCCUAGAAAUCUGCAUUUGGGUUUCUAGGCCAAAAAUUUGUGAAUUUUUUAGUCUAAAUUCGCCUAGGUGGCCUAGAAAUCUGCAUUUGGGUUUCUAGGCCAAAAAUUUGUGAUUUUUUGAGUCUAAAUUCGCCUAGGUGGCCUAGAAAUCUGCAUUUGGGUUUCUAGGCCAAAAAUUUGUGAUUUUUUGAGUGUAAAUUCGCCUAGGUGGCCUAGAAAUCUGCAUUUGGGUUUCUAGGCCAAAAAUUUGUGAUUUUUUGAGUGUAAAUUCGCCUAGGUGGCCUAUAAAUCUGCUCUUGGAUUUCUAGGCCCUGAUUGCGGGUUUUCCAAACCUAAAUACCUCAAGGUCCUAUGCAAAGCAUAACUUUGGUUUCCAAGCCCAAAUUUUCCAGAUGGCCUAGAAUUUCCAUUUGAAUUUCUAGGCCAUCAAAACCCUUUGAAAAUCCAAAAACCCCCCUAAUUUUACAGAUAUGUUGGAAGCCACUCAAGAAUCGAUUGAUUUACCGGAACAGGUUGAGGUGUCUACCGGUGAGAACGGUAGACAGAUUGCGUGAGUGCUUUUUUGUUUUGGGAGAAAUUUGCGAUUUUUUGAACCUAAAUAUGAUUUAUUUUGAAAAAAACUUUAAAUUUGAAAAAUUUGGCAGUUUUUGAGCCCAAACAUGGGAUUUUUUGGGAAUUUUUGAUUUUUCGUGAAUUUUGGGAUUUUUUGAACCUAAACAUGAUGUACGUAUUUUUGGAAAAAAGUGGAAUUUUUUGAAUCAGAAAAAAACUUGAUUUUUCAUUGAAAAACUAAAUUUAAAUCUGAAAAUUAAAAAGAAAAUUGAAAUUUUAAAAAUUUGGGAGUUUUUUGAGCCCGAACAUGAUGUAUUUUGAAAAAUUGAUUUUUUUGAGAAAUUUCGAAUUUUUUGAAUCAGAAAAACUUGAUUUUUCAUUACAAAUUUGAAUUUUCAAGCUGAAAAUUGAGAAGAAAUUUCAAAUUUAAAAAAUUUGCUUUUUUUCGAGCCUGAAAAUCAGAUAUUUUUGAGAAAAUUUUUGAUUCAUUUGAAAAUUUAAAUUUUUCAUAGCAAAUUUUGAAUUUUCAAGCUGAAAUUUUAAAAGAAAAUUCAAAUUUGAAAAUUUUGGCUAUUUUUUGAGCCCAAGAUAUUUUUGGGAAAAUUCAGAAAAACUUGAUUUUUGAUAACAAAUUUGAAAUUUCAAGCUCAAAAUUAAGAAGAAAAUUCAAAUUCAAAAAUGGGAUUUUUCGAGCCUGAACAUCAGAUAUUUUUGGGGAAAUUUUUUGAUUCAUAUGAAAAUCUAAAUUUAAGCCUGAAAAUUGGGUUUUUGUCAAAAUUCUGAACUUUCUGAAAAAAAAAAUCCACCAGAAGAUUUAUCAUAAACCUUAAAAAAAUGCUUAAAAAAUCUGAAUUUCCAAAUUUUUUCCAGAAGAGUUAUCAAAUCAUCACAAGUGAAACAUACGGUUCAAACGCAAUCAAUCCAAAACUACAUUGUCGAUGGAGAUCAGGUUCCAGUUGGAGUUGUUGAAGUUGAACGAAGUCGCGAACAAUUGACGCCGAUUGGUCAACAAGGUUGGGAAUUUUUGGGAUUUUUUGGGGAUUUCUGUGGAAAAAAUCGUGAUUUUUUGAUAUAAAAUAGGAAAAUUGAUCAAAAAUUCACCAAAACCCCUUGAUUUUCCAGCCGGAACAUCGGACAAAAAUGGAAUUGUUGAAACGCAAACCCGAACUAUGACUUAUGAAGCUGCGGCUUCGGAAGGUGGAGUUCCACCGCCAGGAUGGGAUGAACAAGUGAGCAUUUUUUUUUGCAAAAAAAAUUUCUUGAAAUUUGAAUUUUGCGCGAGUUUUCAGUGUUGAAAUUCGGGAUAAAAUCAGAAUUUUAAAGCAAAAUCUUUGAAAAAUUGUUGAAACGUAAUUUUUCCGGGGAAUUUUUUUAAAAUUUUGAAACGUUUUUUUCCAAAAUAAUCGAAAAAUUCAAGAUUUUUCACAGAAAAAAUCCAGAAAUUUCAAAAAAUUUAUAUUUUUAGGGUCUCGGUGAAUAUGUGUCGUCGAAAAGUGUAACGCAAGGAAAUCGUACAAUCGAGACGAUCACCUACAAAACGGAAAAGGAUGGAAUCAUCGAGACGCACGUCGAACAUCGAGUCACAAUUCAUUCGGAUGGAGAUAUUGAUCAUGAUGCGGUGAGCGACGAAAAAUUCGGGAUUUUUUGAGUGUAAAUAUGUCUAGGUGGCCUAGAAAUCCGGAUUUGGGUUUCUAGGCCAGAAAAAUGCGAUUUUUUGAGUGUAAAUUCGCCUAGGUGGCCUAGAAAUCUGCUCUUGGAUUUCUAGGCCCUGAAAAUUGCGGUUUUUUGAAUGUAAGUAUGUCUAGUUGGCCUAGAAAUCUGCUCUUGAAUUUUUAGGCCAAAAAUUUGUGACUGAAAAUGCGGUUUUUUGAGUCUGAGUGGCCUAGAAAUCUGCAUUUGGGUUUCUAGGCCAGAAAAUUUGUGAUUUUUUGAGUCUAAAUUCGCCCAUAUGGCCUAGAAAUCUGCAUUUGGGUUUCUAGGCCAAAAAUUUGUGAUUUUUUGAGUAUAAAUAUGUCUAGGUGGCCUAGAUAUCCGGAUUUGGGGUUCUAGGCCAGAAAAAUGCGAUUUUUUGAGCCUAAAUUUGCCUAGGUGGACUAGAAAUCUGCAUUUGGAUUUCUAGGCCCUGAAAAUUGCGGUUUUUUAAGUCUAAAUCCGCCCAUGUGGCCUAGAAAUCUGGUCUUGGAUUUCUAGGCCGGAAAUUUGUGAUUUUUUGAGUGUAAAUAUGUCUAGGUGGCCUAGAUAUCCGGAUUUGGGUUUCUAGGCCAAAAAUUUGUGAUUUUUUGAGUCUAAAUUCGCCUAGGUGGCCUAGAAAUCUGCUCUUGAAUUUCUAGGCCAGAAAAAUGCGGUUUUUUGAGUGUAAAUAUGUCUAGGUGGCCUAGAAAUCUGCAUUUGGGUUUCUAGGCCCUGAAAAUUGCAAAUUUUCUAACCUAAAUACCUCAAGGUCCUAUGGAAAGCAUAACUUUUGGUUUUCAAGCCCAAAUUUUCCAGAUGGCCUAGAAUUUCCAUUUGAAUUUCUAGGCCAUCCGUUUAAAAUUCAAAAAACCCCCAAAUUUUACAGGAAUUGAGUCAAGCAAUUUUGGAAGCCACUCAAAUGAACCCGGACAUGGUUGUUGAGAAAAUUGAAGUUCGUCAAGAAUCGACCCAAUAAACGAGAAUCCCCCCUUCAAAAAUGCAUUCCUAACGUUAUUUUUUUACCUUAUUUUUUUCCUUAUUUUUUCUUAUAACUACAUAUAAUAUGGUGUUAAAACAACGGUCCCCCCUUAUUUUUUUCCCCAAAAAAGUUGUGCCCCCCCGUUUUUUUUGAGCGUGUGGAAGAAUUCCAUCUGUGUGUAGAUCUACCUAUUGUAAUUUAGCGAAAAACGAACGAAAAUCCCGCUUUUUUUCCUAUUUUUUCAAGCCAAGGAGGCUUCUCUAGAAAAAUCACCGAAUUUUGUUGUGAAGUUAAUUAGUUGUGAUGUGGUUGGUCCGGUUUGGUGUAUUUUUGUAAAGUCCCCCUGGCUUCGCCCCAUUUUUCUAUCCCGGGCAAAACUUCUCGCAAAAUCCAAUAUUUUUCCCCCUAGUUUUGUUAGGUCUCCACGAUGUUUGAGUUUCCCCCGCCUCAAUUUGGCACUAUAAAACUUGAAAAUUUCUCUGAUUUUAUAAGCUUUAUGUGUGCGAUUUUCAUUUAUUUAACCAACCACACGAUUUUUCUUCUUUCUUUCUCUAUUUUUUGACACCAAAUAAAUGCUUUUAUCUUUUUUUUGGGAAAAAUUGAAGGAAAAUUACAGAAAAUUUGAUGUAAAAUGUGCCAGGCUUGCAUUUUCCCAAAGCUCCGCCCAUUUUCAGACUGCAAAUCCACCCGAAAACGCUGAAAAUCACGAAUUUCCAGCAAAAAAACAACAUGCGCGGUCUCGUGUACUUCUCCCGGACAAUGUGUGGCCUAGGCGCCGACAAAAAACUCGUCCCCCGAAAUUUUUUCGAAAAUUUUUUCGCAAAAAAAAAGAUUUUCGAAUUUUCACGUGAACGCCAACACUGAAACGUGAUGAUGACGAUGGCAAUUCCACGUCAUUUGAAGUGGAUUUCGGGCGGUGUAGAUUAGAAAUCAGUUCACAAUCAGAUUAGAUUAGAAAUCGUGAGUUUUUCAGAGCUUUUUGUUCUCAAAGAAAUUUUUGUUGUUUUUUGCAGGAACAAAGAAGAUGCAAGCGUUCGGCGAUUCUUCAUCAACCACCAACAUUCCGCAAAAACUCGAAAAGUUCUUGACGCCACCGCAAACCGAAGACAAAUACGGGCAGACGACGAUCUCGAUCUCAUCGAGCUCGGCUCAUUCGGAGCACAACACGCCGAGCUAUAUUGAAUCGUUGAAAGAGGAGCGAAAACUAUUGUCUAGUCACAGUGAAUUGACGCAUGUUUUCGAUUUGAUCGACAAGGAAAUUAAGAGAUUAUCGAAUGCGGAGCAAGUUGAAGCUGCUCAGGCCGCUGCUCAAGCUUCCAAGGACCCGUCGCUUCUCUCAAAAACCUUGCUCGUGCCUGUUGAACUCUAUCCAAACUACAAUUUCGUUGGGCGCAUUUUGGGACCACGCGGAACCACUGCAAAGCAAUUGGAAACUGCCACCGGCUGCAAAAUCAUUAUUCAUGGGCGAAAAGCGUCGGGAACCGGAAGUUCCGUCGCCACCGCGAAUGAGCCAUUGAGCGUUGAGUUGACGUGUUCGGCGAGUUUGCCGGAUGCGGCCCAGAAGCUGGAGAUGGGUGUCAGUGUGAUUGAGGCGUUGUUGGUGCCACCGGUGAGGAUUUUGAAGCGCUCCACCGAAAUAAACACGCAACGCAGACCGCGCCGCGCUACAACACACACAAAUUCAAAUUCCCUCCCUUUUUUGUGUGUGUUGUGGCGCGGCGCGGUUUGCGUUGCGUGUUUAUUUCGGUGGAGCGCGCGGAGAUUUAUUAGCCAUCUAGAAAGCUUCAUUGUCGAAAUUGAAAAAUGUGCAGAAUUGAAUUGGACUUCGUCAGUCGCGUGCGGUUGUGCGGCGCGGUCGGGAAAAAAUGAAUUAUUGAUUGUUUUUCGACCGCGCCGCACAGCCGCACGCGACUGACGAAGUCCAAUUCAAUUCUUCAUUGGUUUUCAUUUUUUACGGCGGCCACAUUUUUCAAUUUUGACAAUAUUAAUUCACGAACGUUUUUUAACGUUAAAAACCCCAAAAAAGUGAUUUGCGAACGGUAUUUUUAUUCAUUUUGAAUAAAGUGAAGCUAAAACGCAUUUUAGUGUCCAGAAAUGCUAUUUUAAGAUCUUCUAAUCAGCCGAAAAGACAAAUCAAGCCAAAUUUUUCAUUUUUGGGAAAUGUGAGGCUUGAUUUGUCUUUCAGACUGAUUAGAACGUCUUAAAAUAGCAUUUCUGGACACUAAAAUGCGUUUUAGCUUCAUUUUAUUCAAUGUGUUAAGAAAAUGGAUAAAAAUACCGUUCCUGAAUCCUUUUUUCUGGUUUUUAACGUUAAAAAAUGUUUUUUUUUCAGUUUUUGAAGCGUUCUAGCUCCAAAAUCACCAUUUUUCUAGGCUGAUGGUCAAGACGAGUUGAAACGCCAACAAUUGAUGAUUCUUGCCAAUAUGAAUGGAACUUAUCGUCCAAGAUCAGCUGCAGCAAUUGCAGCAGCCGCUGCGAAUUCGACAGCUUCAGGAGGAGUUGGAGAUUAUCAAUUUGAAAGUGAGCAAGGAAAACUCUAGAAAAUCCCCCGAAACAAAUUAUAUAUUUUUCAUUUUCAGAUCUUCUUCCAUUUGGCUAUCGUCUUCCAACCGUCGGUCCGAAUUGUCAUCACGAAAAGAUGGUCAAAUCGUUGUUGUCGAUGGGAUUGCCGAAUUCGAAGCCGCCGGUUGUCGAAAAUACGGAUUGUUCGAAUCCGAGAUGUGCGGUGUUUAGAAAUUUGUUGGGAAAUGAGGCGAAUCAUCAUCAAAAUGGAUCAUUGACGUAAGGAAACACGUCCUCGUGUGUCGUUGGACGCGUUGCGGUCACGCGCUGCGUGCUUUAUUUGAAGCACGCAGUGCAUGACCGCAACGCGUCCACGUCAUAACUCAUCAUAAGAGUUGAGCUAACUUCUGAGAGCAGAAUCUGACCAGAAGGUCAAAAUGUGACAGAGAAAAAACAGCGGAAGCAAGUCCCUCGUAAAUAUUUCGAAAAUGAAUGAAUGUCGGUGUGUGCGCGCGCGGUCGCGAUGCGGUCGAAAUAAAAUCAAUAUCGCCAAAUUUUCUCAUUUUUCCUCGAAAAUUUUGUUUUUUACACAAAAUGGUCAUUUUUUGUGAAAAAAACAAGAUUUUUUGAGGGAAAAAUGAGAAAAAUUAUUGAUUUUAUUUCGACCGCAUCGCGACCGCGCGCGCACACACCGGCAUUCAUUGAUUUUCGAAAUAUUUAUGAGAGACUAGCUACCGCUGUCUGCUUGUCAGAAGUUAGCUCAACUCUGAAAAUAAGCUAUGACGUUGCGGUCAUGCGCUACGUGCUUCAAAUGCAAAAAUGAAGCACGCAGCGCGUGACCGCAACGCGUUCAAAGACAUUUGUGCUCUGAAAUAUUCAGAGUUAAGCUAAGUAGUUUUUGACAUCUGAAGCCCUACGCUCUUCUAAAAACCUAUCAAAUUUUUGUUUCCAGAAAAUUCGAAGAUGUCUUAAAUGCGAUGCAAUUGUAUGAAGUUAUCAAUCGAAUUCGAAUCUCGGAAAGUUCGGCAAACUUUGGCCGAAAAUUGAAUGUACAAAGGAAAUAG